UGAAAGCCGAGUGGGGCUUUCCUGGUUGACAGCUGUCACAGUACUGAGGUCAAGAGGAGAGAACCAUGGCUGCGUUGUUUAGAGGGUCUCGAAAUAUAUGGCUAAGGUGGAAUAAGCAUGCUGAAUUUAGUUUUGUGUCACUGCGAUCAAUGGCCUCAAAGACACCAGUGGGGUUUAUAGGCUUGGGAAACAUGGGCAGCCCCAUGGCCACAAACCUGCUAAAGAACGGCUAUCCUGUAAUUGCCACCGAUGUCUUCCCAGAAUCUUGUAAAGAGCUGCAGGACAUCGGUGCACAGGUUGUGGACUCACCUGCAGAUGUGGCAGACAGAGCAGAUCGCAUCAUCACAAUGCUGCCAUCUAGUCCUAAUGUCAUAGAAGUCUACACAGGCCCGAAUGGCAUUCUGAAGAAAGUAAAGAAGGGGACACUGUUGAUCGACUCCUCCACCAUUGAUCCUGCUGUAUCUAGAGAAAUGGCCAAAGCUGCAGAGAAGAUGGGUGCUGUUUUUAUGGAUGCUCCAGUCUCUGGAGGUGUUGGUGCUGCAAGCUUGGCCAAACUAACCUUUAUGGUCGGAGGAUUGGAGGAAGAAUACGAAGCAGCCCAGGAGCUGCUUACCUGCAUGGGAGCCAAUGUUGUCUACUGUGGACAGGUUGGCACUGGACAGGCAGCUAAGAUCUGCAACAACAUGCUGCUUGCAAUUGGGAUGAUUGGAACUGCAGAAACGAUGAACCUUGGCAUCAGACUUGGUCUCGACCCUAAGCUGCUGACAAAGAUCCUCAACAUGUCGUCAGGUCGAUGCUGGUCCAGUGACAAAUACAAUCCGGUUCCAGGCGUGAUGGAGGGAGUCCCCUCCUCCAACAACUACCAAGGGGGCUUUGGAACCACAUUAAUGGCCAAGGAUCUUGGUUUGGCCCAAAACACUGCCACCAACACAAAGACUCCCAUCCCUCUGGGGUCCCUGGCCCACCAGAUCUACAGAGUCAUGUCCUCUCGAGGCUACGCUAACAAGGAUUUUUCCUCCAUCUUCCAGUUCCUGCGUGAGGAGGAAGGACAGUGAAUGGAGAGGAGGGAACAUCUGAACAUACUGUUGUCGUCCACAAAUACACAUGUGAACCACACACCCCAGUGUCCCUUAUCCCGCAAUGCUCAGGAGAGACUAAGAUGUUGCCCUCAGGCGCAGAUUUUCAGUCUAAUUAACAUACUGUAUGUUGACACGUGGUCCCUUGUCGUGUUACCUGAAUCAUAUUUUCUAUUCAUGAACCCCUCCAUUAUUUAGAGGGAAAAAUGCUAAAACUGACCUUAGAUCAGUAACAAUGGAAACGACACAUUUCCCGUCUUUCCCAAAAUACAAAGUGAGGCUUCUCAGGUUUACAUGUUCCGUGAUGAAUAUAUAAUAAGAUUGUUCUUGUGAUAUAUUUUUCAAGAUUUGUCUGUUACCCUUUCUGUUAAAAACAUGGGCAAAGAGGAUCAAAUUGGAAAAUAGAGAGUUUAAUUGAUAUUUUUAUGAAAUCCCAUGGUCGCAUCCAUAUGCACCACUUCCAAAAUUUCACACCAUUGACACUCGAGCAUUACUGUUUUCAUCUGUUUGUCCUGGGCAAGAUUGUUAUUAGACACUUGCAUCUCAGGGGACAUAAAUUCAUUAUUUUCUCUAAAAUCAAUGACACUAAUGUUACAGCACAGUAUAUAGACUGUUUCCGCUCUUUUGAACUUUAAUAAAUGUCUCGGGUUACGUUUAGUUCAGCAUCCAUCGCAGUGCGAUAUGCUUUGCCACUUUAAUACUGUUACAGAACCUACUUUGUUCUUCUAUUUACAUCUGCUUAUUGAGCCAUAUGAGUGUUAUUUUUUGACAAGGUUGUCUACAUUUUGUACUAUUGCCACAAAAACUACCAAAACAUCAGCACUGUCUUUAAAGCUCUUUCUGUACGCAGUCAGUGUUCCACCUUUAAGCGUGAGUAAGGAUGGCUUCUUCUUUGCUCUGAACUGUAACUGUACAUAAUUUAUUUUUCAUAAUGUUGUGUAGCAUUAAAGAGGAAUUCCAAGCGCCUGUUACUUUGA